UUUUAAAAAUUCUCUAUCGUAAAGAUUUUCCAAGAAUCCUCCCAUCUUCAUUCCCUUUUCUCCAAACCUAAUCUCCGCUGCAACUUUGUUUGUUCUGGCAACAAAACUCUCGACAAUGCUUCUAUCAGCGGCCAAAACGAGGAGAAAGAUCCUCUUCCGCAAGGCUAAGCUCGCCGAAGAAGCCAAGCGCUACGAUCACAUGCUCCGAUUCAUGAAAGAAAUCCUGGAAAUAACCAAUCCAGACACGGAUCUCUCCCCAAAGGAACGCUGCCUCCUCGGCGCUGCCUUCAAGAACUUCGUCAUCCAUCCCCGCAACUCGCUGAGGUUAGCCACCGUCAGCACAGGAUCCUGGAUUAAGUCCCCAAAAUGCUCCAUCGCCGGCUCCUACUUGCUUACAUCUCGGACAGAGAUCUCUAGCGCCUGCUCAGAAAUCGUUCAGCUCAUUGAUCGCCGGCUAUUACCCGCCGCUAUUUCGAAAGAAUCCAAGGUCUACUACCUAACCCUAAAGGGAGAUUUCAGCUGGUAUUUGGCAGAGGUGAAGGGAGCGUUUGACGGAAAGGGGGAUGCGGAAGUCGCUAAUUCUGCCUAUGCUGACGCUUGGAAGAUGGCGAAUGACCUAGAUUUGAUGAAUCCGCAUCGGUUAGCUUUGGCGUUUAGUCUGGCCGAGCAUUUGUUUGAGUAUCGUAAGUCCCCUAGGGACGCUCUUAGAGUUGUAGAACGGGCACUGGACGUACCCGCGUUUGGCACCCCAGACACAAGUCCAGUAGUUUCGCUCUUGACUUUUGAAGGAGGCCUUCAAUUUACGGUGAAUCUCCUUUCCUUUGAUCAAAAGUUUCAAAGUUUGUUAAAUGAGUAACGCCGCUGCAAUGGCUAUCACCCUCAUUCCUAAAGGGACACAUGCUUCUACUAUUU